CCUCUCGAUGAUCGGCAUUUCUCUCUCUCUCCUUGCCGCUGCUGCUGCUUCUCUUCUUUCUUGCUGGCCCGAAGAAGGAACUCCCACCGAUUAUUCACUUCUCUACGGAGAGUGAUCGAUGGGGACGCUGGGAAGGGCGAUCUACGCCGUCGGAUGCUGGAUCCGCGAGACCGGCCAGGCCAUCGACCGCCUCGGCUGCCGCCUCCAGGGCAACUACCUCUUCCAGGAACAAUUGUCGAGGCACCGGACACUCAUGAACAUAUUUGACAAAGUACCUAAUGUCCAUAAAGAUGCUUUUGUGGCUCCAAGUGCAUCUGUCAUUGGUGAUGUCCAUGUGGGCCAAGGUUCAUCAAUUUGGUAUGGAUGUGUUUUGCGAGGUGAUGUGAACAGCAUCCACAUUGGAUCUGGCACUAAUAUACAAGAUAAUUCCCUGGUGCAUGUGGCAAAAUCUAACCUAAGCGGGAAGGUCCUACCAACUAUAAUCGGGGAUAAUGUCACAGUAGGCCAUAGUGCUGUCUUGCAUGGAUGCACUGUUGAGGAUGAAGCAUUUGUUGGAAUGGGUGCUGUCCUGCUUGAUGGGGCUGUUGUGGAGAAGCAUGGAAUGGUUGCUGCUGGAGCCCUUGUAAGGCAGAAUACAAGAAUCCCAUGUGGAGAGGUAUGGGGAGGUAAUCCUGCAAAGUUUCUGAGAAAGUUAACUGAUGAAGAGGUAGCUUUUAUUUCUGAGUCUGCUGCCAACUAUGCCAAUUUGGCCCAAGUGCACGCUGCUGAGAAUGUUAAAUCUUUUGAUGAGAUUGAAUUCGAGAAAGUAUUGCGCAAGAAGUUUGCUCGCAGAGAUGAGGAGUAUGAUUCCAUGCUUGGAGUGGUCCGUGAAGUCCCUCCGGAGCUAAUUCUUCCUGACAACAUCUUACCAGACAAAUCUCGCAAGCCUUCUCAGUGAGUUAGGCUGAGACAGUCAGCCCACUUCAACGAACCAGCAUCACGAGCUUGUUACAUCAUGGUAGUGAGUUUGGUGGUUCGUAUUUCUGUUGCUGUCCCAAUAAUCUCAGGUCGGGCUCUUUUUUAGGAUCGGUCAUGUACUCUUGUACUCUUCGAUAUCGUAUCUGUUGCUGCUAGAAUCCUGAAUUGCUUUCAACAUCAAUUGUAACAAGAGCACAAAAAAUUGUGUUUUUUAUAACAACCCAUCUUUGUGACACAAG